CUGGGCAAUCCUGUUGGGCGUUGCCUUACGGUAAGUUUGUGUGUUUCUUUUUUUCUUUUGUUCGUUUUCCUUUGAAGUUGAUAGUUGCCACUCUGAGUUGUUGAGAACGGAGAGCAAAGAUAGAACGACGCCUUGCGAGCGAGGGCGUCGAGCGCAAACCCGGGGGACGGGACAAUCUCGAAACUUGAACAUGUUUCUGAGCUUCUCCGCGGGAGGCACCCUAGUUCCGUACCUAAAAUUGGGUCCGCCUGUAAAACGGAGGCCUCGAGUACUGAUCCGGCUUGAGUUCGGCUGUCACAAGGUCAUAAUCUCUCCGAGCUCACAGCGGAAUGAAAUAAAAGAAUUGAAUUGAGCUGCCAGGACUGAGGGGUAUUGUGACACCUCUGAUGACCUUCCGCACCCCCAAUAUCCACGCGCUUCUCUGGUCUUUUGCACCCUGCUUUCCUUUUUUGGCAAUUUGAUUGAUGGCAUCUCGGCUUUCGGCUUUUGCCCGUGUACCCGUAGUCAACGUAGAUCCCAUAAAUGCUGAUGGCCAUCGAUAUUGAUUCUUGUUUCGGACUCCCUCGUACGACGUUGACAUGUCAGAAGGACGCACUGUUUCCCGGCCGACUCAGAGUUGUUUCCAGUGUCGUAACAGGAAGAUUAAGUGCAACCGUUCACACCCUUGCGCAGCGUGUCUCCUGCGCGGAGAAGGAGACACAUGUCAUGAGGUUGAGAAAAUUAUUGCGAGGGCUAUUGGCCCUGGUGUAACGGUCGAGGCUGUCGAUGAAGUUCUUAGUAAAGUAGUUGCACUUGAGCAGAGCGUAUCAAAGCUGUCGAAAAUGAUAUCCAAGAAUGGUCCCGUCGAAGACUCUUCAGAAACAGAGUCAAUGCAUCAUCUCGGACCCCAGAAGCGAGUCCUUUCCAGUCCUCCACCAGCCGGUUCUAAGAUCCAGGCCACGCGCCCCGAGCAGAAAGCUUCCAUGAUGCUCGCAGAUCAACUUGCGAUGGGGAAUCGCAUGAAUGGCCGUCGCAACUCCAUGCAAUCAGAAGCGGAAAGAGCGAUAUCGUCGUCGCCCGUCGACCCCCCCAUUCCGCUACCAAGCUCCAGCAAGUUUCCCCCAAACGCGAAUGGAAUCUCACACGACCACCCUUUGUCUCUUCUUGUCCGACCAGCUACUAGCAUCGUCUUUCAAAUUCUAUCUCAUCUACCUGAUGAAACUGAUUCAAGAUCCCUGAUUCGAUUCUAUUUCGAUAGAAUCGAAUGGUACACCAGAAUCCUCCAUUAUCCGACAUUCUCCUACGACGCGAAGAUUCUGACGAGGCAGAUAUCCGACUCCGCGUCUUCCGCAUCCUCAGGAUCCACGGCAGCUACCCAUUUCUCUCUACCGUUCCUCUCCACCUACUUCAUGGUCUUGUGCCUCGCUUAUCAUUUCAUCGAAUUCGACAUGUGCAAGGUUCUGGAUAACACCUUCGAAGAUGCCGCGAAGAUGUCCAAAAAGAUGUAUAACGCUGCUCAACUCUGCCUUUGGAUCGACAACUACUUGGAGAAUCAUUCUUUGGAAGGCGUUCAAACCCUCAUACUCAUGGGCAUCUACCAACAAAACCUCGGUGAUUCUGAUUCUCAUUGGGCGCUUUUGGGGUCUGCGAUCAAGAUCGCUCAAAUCCUAGGCGUUGACCGUCUGGGUACCGAAUCUGACAGAAAGUCAUACCCUGGUCCAUGGAAGUCGGUCGUCAGAAGAGAAGUUGGGCGGCGUGUCUGGUGGAACCUGAUCCACAACGAAUGGUCGAACGCCGCCACUCAUAACGGUGCCUACACCAUCGUUCCGUCACAGAACAACACCGGACUGCCACUCAACGUCAACGAUAUCGAUCUAGAAGAUGAUCUGGACCCGAUUGAACCAGCCCCCCAUACGGAAUACACCGAAAUGACCUACUCUCUCAUGCGCUUCCGGUUUGUCGAGAUCCAUCGACAGAUCAUGGACAGCGUGGAGAAUCAUCCAACAGGAUUUAGGCCUAGUUUCAUUACUGAGAUUGAUUCGAGAGUGCUGACGAUGUUGAAAGACCUCCCUGCAGCGUUUCAGGCCCCCGGAGUUUCCACGGGGGAGAGGUCUUCUCUAUCGUUUAAAGGAGUGAAGAGUAUCGAAUAUACUAUUUCGCUUAUUACCGCAGAGGCGAUGAGGAUGAGACUUCAUCGACCGUUUUUGUUCCGUGGGUAUACGGAGGAGAGAUACGGCCCUUCCAAGCAACAAUGCGUUGCCUCUGCCAAGGCUAUUCUCAAAUACCUCAAGUAUGAUAUCGGUCAAACGACGGUCCUUCUCCGAAGGUGGUCCGUGAUGUUCUUUGGAUUUACCGCUGCCAUCGUGUUACUCGUGGAUUAUUGUCAACAAAAAGGUGCUGGAGCUCUUCAGGAUAGUAGGAAGGAACUGCAAAGCGCGUUGAAUAUGUUCAAAAUGGUUCAGGUUUCAUCCAAUGCCGCUCAGAGUUUUAUUCCGCUCUUAGAGAGCAUGGUCGCCGCCGCCGAACGUAAUUUAACAUCCAACACAUCCAACAAGCACUCGGGAGGCCAUCACGACGUUUGGAGCGAAAUAGCCAAAGAAGCCUUCGUGAGUUCACAUCCCUAUCUAGACCUUCUCAACUAUUGGACUAGCUGA